CGUUUUCUUAAAAUCGUGGGAAAACCAAACCAUUGAGCGAACUAAAUUCUUUUGAUUUGAAGCAAAAAGUGUGGCAAGGCCAUCAUCAAACGUGAUUAACAAAAGGUUCGAACUGCUCCGAACUACUAUAAAAAUGUCUCAUUUGGGCCAGAACGGCGGUUGCGUGUUAGCCAUGUGCGGCAAGGACUGCGUAUCUAUAGCCACAGAUCAUCGCUUUGGCAUUCGGGCGGAAACCAUUUCGACAGACUUUAAGAAGGUGUUCCAAAUGAAUCCGCAGGUGCUGCUAGGGAUGACCGGCUUACAGGCGAAUAUAAUAACGGUACGUGAUCACAUGAUUUUCCGCAAGAAUAUGUACGAAUUGGGCGAGAGUCGCGACAUAGCCCCCAAACCAUUUACGGCUAUUCUAUCGAACUUCCUCUACGAGCAUCGCUUUGGGCCGUACUACGUGGAGCCGAUUGUGGCCGGGCUGGACCCCAUUACGUCGGAGCCGUACGUUUGCCGCUUGGACCAUUACGGUUGUUGCAACAAAUGCGAUGACUUUGCCGUAUCCGGCACUUGUUUCGAACAGCUGUACGGAAUAUGCGAAAGCCUUUGGAGUCCGAAUAUGGACCAAAACGAAUUGUUUAAUGUCACUGCUCACGCCAUUGUAAGCGCCUGUAAUCGGGAUGCCAUGAGCGGUUUUGGUGCCACAAUCUACGUCAUGGAUAAGGACAAGCUUGUCGAGCGUACGCUGAAGAUGCGUAUGGACUAAGUGAACACUAGAAAGCCCAUUUAGUUAGCUUAUUUGUUACGUUAAUAACAAUAUAUUUUUGAUUUCAUGAAAUCACAAAACAAUAAAUACACUAAUGGCCCUCGAGUGAGUAA